GUGUGGGGGACCCACGCCCUGGCCUCGGAGCCAUUUUUUGGCCAGAACGUUCUCCUCCCUCUCCUCUGCCCUGGAGGAGAAGUCACCAGUGUCCCAAGGCUCUGGGAGGCAUGUUCAGGAAUGUGACAGCCAUCCAUUUGCACCUGGCCGGGGUCUUCCAGAGAAAGAAGGCUGGAACUUCUCUCGCUCGGUGCUUGCACCAGACUUUCGCCAUGGCCAAGCGGCUGCCGGCUCGCAGGCUGGACGGGAUUGACCACAACCCAUGGGUGGAGUUUGGCAAAAUGGCCAGUGAGUAUGAUGUCGUAAACUUGGGCCAAGGCUUCCCUGACUUCCCACCCCCAGACUUCGCAGUUCAAGCCUUUCAGCUCGCCCUCAGCAGUGACUUCAUGCUCAACCAGUACACCAAGGCAUUUGGUUACCCACCCCUGACAAAGAUCCUGGCAAGUUUCUUUGGGAAGCUGCUGGAACAGGAGAUAGACCCACUCAAGAACGUGCUGGUGACUGUGGGUGCCUAUGGGGCCCUGUUCACAGCCUUCCAGGCCCUGGUGGAUGAAGGAGAUGAGGUCAUCAUCAUAGAGCCCUUUUUUGACUGUUAUGAACCCAUGACAUUGAUGGCAGGGGGUCACCCUGUGUUUGUGACCCUGAAGCCGAGCCCUACCGAGGAUGGGGAACUGGAUUCCGCCAGUAACUGGCAGCUGGACCCCGCAGAGCUGGCCAGCAAGUUUACCUCUCGUACCAAAGCCCUAAUCCUCAACACACCCAACAACCCCUUGGGAAAGGUGUUCUCCAAGGCAGAACUGGAGCUGGUGGCCAGCCUGUGCCAGCAGCAUGACGUGAUCUGCAUCAGUGACGAGGUCUACCAGUGGCUGGUCUAUGACGGGCACCAGCAUGUCAGCAUUGCCAGCCUCCCUGGCAUGUGGGAACGCACCCUGACCAUUGGCAGCGCUGGCAAGAGCUUCAGUGCCACUGGCUGGAAGGUGGGCUGGGCCCUGGGCCCGGACAGUCUCAUGAAGCACCUGCGCACCGUGCACCAGAACACUGUCUAUCACUGUCCCACGCAGGGCCAGGCCGCGGUGGCCCAGAGCUUCCAGCACGAGCAACUGCACUUUGGCCAACCUAGCAGCUACUUUGUGCAGCUUCCCCAAGCCAUGUGGCGCUCCCGGGACCACAUGGUUCGCAGCCUGCAGUCUGUGGGCCUGAGGCCCGUGGUCCCCCAGGGCAGCUACUUCCUCAUCGCAGACAUCUCAGACUUCAAGAGCAAGAUGCCCGACUUGCCAGGUGAUGUGGAUGAGCCCUACGACAGACGCUUCGUCAAGUGGAUGAUCAGGAACAAGGGCUUGGCGGCCAUCCCGGUCUCCGUCUUCUACAGCAAGCCACAUCAGAAGCACUUUGACCACUAUAUCCGCUUCUGUUUUGUGAAGGAUGAGUCCACGCUCCAGGCCCUGGACGAGAAGCUGCAGAAAUGGAAGGAUGAACUCAGGCCCUGACGCCGC